AUGACCCAAGCUCUCUCUAACAUUGGAUGGGAACAAAUUUCUCUUUCUCUUUUGCACCCAUCGGCUUCUAGAGCAAGGAAAAGAAGAAAACUCUUCCAGCCCUCAUCGUGUGACUACAACCCCCUUCUCUCCCAUUCCAUUUCUCCUCCGAUCUCAAGCCAAACAUCCAUUUUUCCUUCUUCUCAAGAGGAAAAUAGCAAGCCAAGGGAUUCGUGUGCCCUCUGUUUCCCUAAGCCGAACCUACCUUCCUCUUCCCCAUUUUCGCAUUUUUGGGAAGGAUUGACCAAAGGUAUGGAUGAAGAGGCUAUGGAGCUAGGCACUACCGAGGAGGGAGGGGCCGAUGCUUAGAGUUCCCCUGUCAGUUCAACUUUUGAUGAUAGUGGUUGAUGUUUUUAUGUUUUUACGAUGGGUCCCACCUUGGGACGUUUGCUGGAUUAACUCUAAGACAAUAUAUCUUUUGGGUAUGAUGUAAAUAUUAUGGUGGGGUGAUUGUAAUGGUAUAACUUCUAUGGUGGGGUGAUGGUAACCCCACAUAUGAUGGUUUAACACAUUUUUGUAUGUGUUGCAGGAACUGAGUUCUCUCUUAUUUAGAACUAGUUAUGUUUGAUGAAUGAAUGUUGGACUCUGUGAGUCCUUUAUGUAA